GAGAGGGGAGUGAGGAGCGCGAGACAGAGUGUGUGUGGAAGUCCUUGCCCGCCAAACAAACCAAAAUCACUCCGACAAUAGCCUCUUAGAACGUUUCCUCUUCUCCGAACCCCCAAAAUUUCCCACCCAAAUUCCAACGAGAGGCUCUACCUUCGGGGCUAUCUCACUGAUUCCCUCAAACUUCCCCACAAUGACUCAGCCAUCGGUGCCUCCGCCGCCGUUGGCCCCGCCGUCGUCCCAUGUCGGACAAGGUGUCCAAGUGCGCUGUGCUGGUUGCCGUAUGAUCCUGACGGUGGCGCCGGGGCUGACGGAGUUCGCUUGCCCAACCUGUCGAAUGCCGCAGAUGCUUCCCCCGGAGCUUAUGGGUAGGGCCCACCAGAAACCGUCUCAUUACUCACCCUUGCCUCUUCCGUCGUCGCAGCAGUCUCACGUGCCGGCACACGGCAUUGAUCCCUCUAAGAUCCAGCUUCCUUGUGCUAGCUGCAAGGCUAUCCUCAAUGUCCCUCCUGGCCUCGCAAGGUUCGCUUGCCCGCAAUGUGGGGUUGACCUCGCCGUUGAUAUCUCUAAGGUCAAGCAGUUCUUCCCUUCUGGGCCUCCUCCAGAAGAAGUCAACGAGUUAGCUGUUGAAGUGGAGCGUGAUGAAGAUGAAGGUGGCCUGGUUGGAGAAACCUUUAUGGAUUAUCGGCCACCAAAAGUAUCUAUUGGACCUUCACACCCAGACCCUGUUGUGGAAACAUCAUCUUUGUCUGCAGUGCAGCCUCCUGAGCCUACCUAUGAUCCAAAGAUCAAAGAAGAUUUGGAAAGUUCAAAGGCCUUGUCAUGCUUACAAAUUGAGACAUUGGUCUAUGCUUGUCAGAGACAUCUACAGCACUUACCCAACAGUGCUAGGGCAGGAUUCUUUAUUGGGGAUGGAGCUGGUGUUGGUAAGGGUCGAACAAUUGCAGGGCUAAUAUGGGAGAACUGGAACCAUGGAAGGAGAAAAGCACUGUGGAUUUCUGUUGGUUCUGACUUGAAGUUUGAUGCCAGAAGAGACUUGGAUGAUGUUGGUGCAACUUGCAUUGAAGUGCAUGCUUUGAACAAACUGCCUUAUUCUAAGCUUGAUUCGAAGUCUGUUGGGGUCAGGGAGGGAGUUAUUUUCUUGACAUACAAUAGCCUCAUAGCAUCAUCAGAGAAGGGUCGUUCUCGUCUUCAACAGCUUGUGCAGUGGUGUGGAACAGGAUUUGAUGGUCUUGUCAUUUUUGAUGAGUGUCACAAAGCUAAAAAUUUGGUUCCUGAAUCUGGUAGUCAGCCAACACGAACUGGUGAAGCAGUGGUUGAUAUUCAGGAUCGACUACCUGAUGCCCGUGUUGUCUAUUGCUCAGCUACUGGUGCAUCUGAGCCUCGCAAUAUGGGUUAUAUGGUUCGACUUGGUCUUUGGGGACCUGGGACUUCUUUUAUUGAUUUCCGUGAUUUUCUAGGUGCUCUUGAUAGAGGGGGUGUUGGAGCGCUUGAACUAGUUGCAAUGGACAUGAAAGCAAGGGGGAUGUAUUUAUGUCGUACACUUAGCUACAGGGGUGUUGAGUUUGAAGUUAUUGAAGCACCAUUAGAAGAUGAAAUGAUGGAUAUGUAUAAAAAGGCAGCAGAAUUUUGGGCAGAAUUGCGAGUGGAAUUGAUGUCAGCUAGCGCCUUCCUAAAUAAUGAGAAACCUAGUUCUAGUCAGUUAUGGAGAUUAUACUGGGCAAGCCAUCAGCGCUUUUUUAGACAUAUGUGUAUGUCUGCCAAAGUCCCUGCUGCUGUGAGACUGGCAAAGCAAGCAUUGCUGGAAGAUAAAUGUGUUGUCAUUGGCCUUCAGAGCACUGGAGAAGCAAGGACGGAAGAGGCUGUUACAAAAUAUGGUUCUGAACUUGAUGAUUUUGUUUCUGGUCCUCGAGAACUACUGCUAAAAUUUGUGGAAGAAAAUUAUCCAUUGCCAGAAAAGCCUGAACUUCUUCCAGGGGAGGAUGGUGUAAAGGAGCUCCAGAGGAAAAGGCACUCUGCAACUCCUGGUGUAUCUGUAAAAGGAAGGGUUAGAAAAGUAGCUAAGUGGUCUUGGCGGCCUCCUAGUGAUGCUGAGAGUGAUGAAGAAUCCGAAACUGAUUCUGCUGUUGAAUCUACUGAUUCUGAUGAUGAGUUUCAGAUAUGCGAGAUUUGCAAUAUGGAAGAGGAAAGUAAAGCAUUGCUCAAGUGUUCCUGCUGUGGUAAAUUUGUCCAUUCAGCAUGCUUGGUUCCACCAAUUAAUGAUUUAGUGCCCGAAGAAUGGUCAUGUCAUUUGUGCAAGGAAAAAACGGAUGAAUAUCUUCAAAAAAGACAAGCCUACAUAGAUGAACUCCAGAAAAGGUACGAUGCAGCUUUGGAGCGUAAGACAAAAAUUAUAGAGAUUAUCCGUUCAUUGGAUCUUCCAAAUAAUCCCCUGGAUGAUAUUACUGAUCAGCUAGGAGGACCUGACAAAGUUGCAGAAAUUACAGGAAGGAGAGGCAUGCUUGUGAGGGCCCCUAGUGGGAAAGGUGUUACCUAUCAAGCUCGAAAUACAAAGGAUGUUACAAUGGAGAUGGUCAACAUGCACGAGAAGCAGCUCUUUAUGGAUGGUAAGAAGUUAGUUGCUAUUAUAUCUGAAGCUGGAUCUGCUGGUGUUUCAUUGCAGGCAGAUAAAAGAGCCAUAAAUCAGAAAAGAAGAGUUCAUCUAACUCUAGAACUUCCAUGGAGUGCUGAUCGUGCAAUUCAGCAGUUUGGAAGAACUCACAGGUCGAAUCAAGCUUCGGCCCCAGAGUACAGGUUACUCUUUACUAAUCUUGGAGGAGAAAGGCGGUUUGCAUCAAUUGUUGCCAAGAGAUUAGAAUCUCUUGGUGCUCUGACUCAAGGGGACCGCAGGGCUGGACCUUCCUUGAGUGCGUACAAUUAUGACAGUGCUUAUGGAAAGAGAGCUCUAGUGAUUAUGUACAAAGGAAUAAUGGAGCAGGAUCCUCUGCCUGUUGUACCACCAGGAUGCAUUUCUGACAGACCAGACACAAUUCAGGACUUUAUUAUUAAAGCAAAAGCUGCUCUUGUGUCUGUUGGAAUAGUUAGGGACACGACGCUUGGCAAUGGUAGAGAUUUUGGAAAGUUAUCUGGCCGUAUUAUUGAUUCUGAUAUGCAUGAUGUGGGCCGAUUCCUCAACCGGCUUUUGGGACUACCUCCUGAGAUUCAGAAUAGGCUGUUUGAGUUAUUUGUGAGUAUCUUGGAUCUUCUUGUUCAGAAUGCUCGUAUUGAAGGUAACCUUGAUACUGGCAUUCUUGACUUGAGAGCUAAUGUUGUUGAACUGCAAGGGGCUCCAAAGACAGUCCAUGUUGAUAAUCUCACUGGAGCUUCAACGGUUCUCUUUACAUUUAUCUUGGAUCGUGGGGUCACAUGGGAGACUGCAAGUACCAUGCUGAAUGAAAAGCAAAAGGAUGGGCUCGGUUCAGUUAAUGAUGGCUUCUAUGAAUCCAAGAGGGAAUGGUUGGGACGACGUCAUUUCAUUUUGGCGUUUGAAAGUUCCACUUCCGGGAUGCAUAAGAUAGUUCGUCCCCCAGUUGGAGAGUCACAUCGGGAGAUGAACCUGACAGAAUUGAAGAGUAAAUAUAGAAAAGUCUCAUCCUUAGAGAAGGCUCAAGCUGGUUGGAAAGAAGAAUAUGAAGUUUCAUCAAAACAGUGUAUGCAUGGUCCCAAUUGUAAGCUUGGCAAAUUCUGUACAGUUGGCAGAAGACUGCAGGAAGUAAAUGUCUUAGGCGGUCUCAUUCUUCCAGUCUGGGGAGCUAUAGAGAAGGCCUUAUCUAAUCAGGCCCGCCUAAGCCAUAGGAGGUUACGUGUUGUACGUAUUGAAACUACUACAGAUAACCAACGUAUAGUUGGUCUUCUUGUUCCUAAUGCAGCCGUUGAAGCUGUGCUUCAAGGUUUAGCAUGGGUACAAGAAAUCGACGAUUGACCUAGGACAACAUACUUUUGACACCUUUUUAAUUUUUCUGGCAAAGAGGCCAUUGGUUGCUGCCUUCAGAAAGCUGCUUACAUUGUUACAAGCAUCUGGAGGUUUGAACUGCAGGAGCACUUUUUGUUUGAAGAAAAGGCUCAACCCUAACGUGCAGGUUUUGUUUGGAGAAAUGGACAAUUUUUGGAGGGGAGAAGGGCUCAUCCUCUGCAUCGUGCAAUUGAAUCGCGCAGUCUCAUUUUUUGUGAAUUUUUUGAAUAGUAUCACGCAUUUUUGGCAUAUAAUUGCAUUUUUGUAUAUUUGUAAAGGUCUCUGAUCAAGUGACAGACAGUAGAUGCCUAGGUUGUAUCACAUGCAGUGGGCAGUCUGAGCCAGUUUGUAUCAAUCACAAUACAUUAGCAUUGAAAUGAUAUAUAUGAAGUAAAUAUUCCCUUGUG